AUGCGCCAGUCCGUACACCCAAUGGAAGCAAACGCAGACGGCGACAAGCGACGCAAGCUCGGCAUGGAAGACGAUGACUGGCAGGACUUAGCGACGGAGAACUCGUCCGAAAGCGUGAAUGGCACCUCCGACCCCAAUGCUCAUGAAUUUGAAGAUGACGACAUCGAAGGAGCAGCAGAAGUUCUUCACGCAGCUCCUCAGACUGGAGGCAACGAGUAUACUGUCACCAAGACCGGUAGGCAGCUCACAUUCGCGGACGAGACCGGCGGCGCACUAGUGGAAAUGAACUACUCUAAUCGAACACACUACAGCAAGCAGGCAGGUCCGGGCACGGUUCAAGGAGUUCCCAAGGGUGGUUGCUGCGUAAUCCAGUAA